CGCAGGAGCUGGGCGCGCUGCUCCGUCCCCGUGGAUCUGCCCCGAGGCUCUUGUCCUCGGCUCCGCGCGGCGUUCCCUCUCGCAGCUUUCCUCCUCCCCACCUGUACCAGCCAUUUUCCCCGUGUCACGGUUGCUUUGUUGAGGGCUGCAGGUGCGUUGUAAGAAAUGAAAGUAGUGACACAACUUGCUCUCGAAGUGCCCUGCUCACUUUGCAUCUUUAAUUCCCUCAGCAGCAUAGAUCAAGGUCCCGCACUCAGAUCCACACCUGAGUCUGCUUGUUUUCUGCAUUAACAGCAAUGCUGAAAACUGCUUGAUUUUCACUGCUCCUCCACCCAAUAGUUCCCUGAGACUCCCUUUCCAGCCCUGUUGUUGCAUCCUGCCUGCAGCCUAUCAUGGCCCAUGCCAGGCGCUGUCUCUGUGCCUGCAGAGCAGUUGUGUCAGCUCCCACCCCUGACCUGGGGAUGGAGCAGAGCUCUGUGUGCCCACAGGAUCCACCUGAUGGCUGGGCGGGUGCCACAGGGUGCAGAGCGGGCAGCAGUGGCAGGUGAGAUGGAGGCCACCUUCAUCGAGAACCUCAGGCAUGCUGCUGAUGUCCUGGCCCAGGAGGACAUGGUGGGGCUGGUGGAGCCGAUUAACAGCCGUAUCACCGACCCACGCUACUUCCUGAAUACCCCACACCAAGCUGCUGCCAUCCUGGAGAAGGUGGGACGGCCCAACCUGAGGCUGCAGCUGGACCUCUUUCACUGCCAGAUCAUGGAUGGGAAUCUGUCACGUAACUUGGAGACAUACCUCCCGCUCAUUGGUCAUAUCCAGAUUGCACAGGUGCCAGGGCGGCAUGAGCCCGACAGCCCUGGGGAGCUGAACUUCCCCUACAUCUUCAAGCUGCUGGAGUCCCUCGGCUACACCGGCUAUGUGGGCUGUGAGUACGCACCAAAAGGAGACACAAUAGAAGGUCUCGGCUGGCUGCGCUCAUACUGGGAGAGCAAAGGCAUGAAACCUGGUGGGCCCAGAAAAGCAACAGAGUAAAGUAAGGAAAGCAUUGGAAUAAAUGUCAAACCAAUGAGCCUAA